AACUAGCUGGCUAGUUGUUUUUGAGAGAAGAAAAGGGCACUAGCGGAAGAUAGCAAGCUAGCUAGUUGUCCGUUGCAACAUCGAUUCUGAUCAAUUUUAUGACCAAAGUAUAAUUCCACAAAUUCUUAAUUAUGUCGACUCCGGCUAGAAGACGGCUUAUGAGAGAUUUCAAAAGGCUUCAAGAAGACCCCCCCACCGGCGUGAGCGGAGCCCCCUCGGAGAACAACAUCAUGAUGUGGAACGCAGUUAUUUUUGGGCCUGUAGGUACACCAUUUGAAGAUGGAACAUUUAAGCUUAUGAUAGAAUUUUCAGAAGAGUAUCCUAACAAGCCUCCCACAGUACGAUUUAUCUCCAAAAUGUUUCACCCUAACGUGUAUGCCGAUGGGAGUAUAUGUUUAGACAUUCUUCAGAACCGUUGGAGCCCUACAUAUGAUGUGUCCUCAAUUCUGACUUCGAUCCAGUCCCUGCUGGACGAGCCCAACCCCAACAGCCCGGCCAACAGCCAGGCAGCACAGCUCUACCAGGAGAACAAGAGGGAGUACGAGAAGAGGGUGUCCGUCAUCGUGGAGCAGAGCUGGGUGGACUCGUAACCCCCCGAGCUUGCUUCCUCUUCGUCAUCAUCAUCAACCCCACCCCCCAUCAUCAUCAUCAACCCCACCCCCCAUCAUCAUCAUCUUCUCUCCUCAUCCGAAUACUUCUAUGGUUCGUGUACCUCGUCAAGAAGUCAGAAGAACUUAAGUGACACCUGAAGAAAAGACGAAAAUAAAAAUAAGAAUAUUCAGAAUGGACUUGCUUGCCAACACACAAGGAAAAUGUAUCUGAUAUUUGUGUUUCUUGUUCUUAAUUUUCUUUUUUAUUGCAUGAUGUGAAAUAAGUUAUUGCUAACAGAAUUUGUAAUAUAUCUUCUUUUUUUUUCCUCAGUUGGAUUGAUGCUGUUACUAGAUUCUUCAUUUUUUAAUGUUUCUUGGUUUGAACAUAACAUGCUAUUUCGGAGGGUACGUGUUGUCAAUCAUCAUUCAAUUGGAAGUAGCCAAUCAAACGGGACUGUUAACAGGAGGGUUGCCUGGAUACAAAUGCUAAUGUCACAUAGUAAACAAACAACUAUCCUGUCAUGUAAAUGAUUGAUGGAAGCUGUCAAGUGCCUGUCAGCUUUGGGAAAGCACGGUACCAUUAAUCCCAAGUCAGUCAUACUCUACUAGAAAUAUCCGACUAUUCUAAUACUUUAAGCGGAAGGGUCCCCAGUGAGCUACAGCGACGCUUAUGGGAGGAGUUUGGUUGGGCUAAUCAUGAGGUCACACCUUUGAAAAAGUGACUCGGGCGGUCUCCUAGGAUAUGGCUACGUUAAAAAUGUCAGAGAUCAUAUUCAGAAAAAUCGCUUUUUCCGGCUUGGUUUACAGCUGUGUUUGUCUCUUGAAAGUGUCCGUGGCAUCAGACAGGCAAAUCCAGUAUUAUAGUUACUACUCUCUGGCCUGUCCAUCCACCAUGAUAGAAUUUGUGUUUAAAAGAGAUGUGAUAUGGUUUACAGAGACAGUACGGGACAUUGUGAUAAGUGGUUUAUUUCACCUUGUAAGGAGAAGGGAUAUGUUAUACAAAAACGUUUUGUGACUCUAAAACAAUGUAUACUUAUAUGCUGUAUAAACAUAAUAAAACAUUUUUCAGACUUUGACACAGA